AUGGCAGAGAUAGCAGAGCGGCUAGAAUCGCGGCUAACAAUCGCUGAGUACUGGCAGGCAGCUGUUAGGAUUGGAUGGGAGGUAGUAGGGGAGCGCUUUGCUGCAGGCUAUAGUAAGCAGCUAGACGGGCGAGCUGCUGGUGCUAGCGGUAAUAAAGACGUUAGCUCGGACGAAGACGAAGAUAGAGAAGAUCUACUAGAGCUACUGCUUAAUACGGCUACAGCCGUAGUAGCUGGCAACGUAGCAGCUGGCAACGCAGUAGCCGGCAACGUAGCAGCUAGCAGUAAAAAGAGCUAA